AUGUCCGACAAAUCCUCACCGCCACCAGAAUCGGAGCCCCUGCCCUCAUCGGAGAGCGUCCUCCUCAUUCCAGAGGCUAGAGAUGGCUUCUUUGGCUACUCGGAGGAGAAAAUUCUCAAACAUAUCGAAGAAAAGUUCCUGGCGCAUCGAAGGGCUUCCGAUGCACCAUCUGACGGGACAUCGUCGUUCGUGGGCAGCUUCAAGCAGAUUCCCAUCAGCCUCCCAGCAGCGGGGGAAGACUACUCUGCUCUAGCGUUGUCUGAAGAUGAAGCGGAUCAUGGACCUGCCAACCCAAUGACUGGUCAGAAGCAAGAGGCGGUCGUCCCCCCAGAACUGGAGGCCAUGUUUCAAGAUUUUCGAAAGUGCUUGAAUCUUCGUGACAAGUAUAUGAUGAAAUCCAGGCAGCGUUUGGGCGACAAUCCAAAAGAUUAUGAUGGUCAUUUUCGUGGGUUCGCAGACGGCCAGGCAGACGUGUCUGGCCCGCGUCCUGGCACAGCUAUUCGCGAUAUUCGUCCCGCAGAAGCUUCCUUUGAGAAAUGGAAGAUAUAUCCCACACCCCCUCCUCCUCACUGGCACUGGAAAGACAAAGAAACCGUUGUUAGUUCCAACGGCGAGUAUACCACCAGCGACGAGUUCGUAUUCGCGGACUGCCAUAUUCCGGACAUCCACCCCUGGAAAUUCAAAAUGGACGAGAAAGGUGUCUUCCAAAUAUACGAUAACCCGGACCAGGACGAGGCCAAGGAACCGCUGUUUUCCGUGCCAGAUAUACGAGAGUAUUUUAUUGACCUGGACUACGUUCUGAAAGUAAUAUCCGAUGGACCGACCAAAAGUUUCGCCUUCAGGCGGUUAAAAUACCUUUCCAGCAAGUUUACGAUGUAUACCCUCUUGAAUGAGAGCCAGGAACUCGCAGAGAUGAAGGUCGAUACCCACGUUCACCACUCCAGUAGUAUGAACCAGAAGCAUUUACUUCGCUUCAUCAAGCACAAAAUGAAGCGCAGUCCUCAGGAUGUCGUAAUAUUCCGAGAUGGCGCUGAGCUGACUCUGGAACAAGUGUUCCAGUCUCUAAAGUUAACCGCUUAUGAUCUAUCCAUCGAUACCCUUGACAUGCACGCCCAUUCCGACUCGUUCCACCGUUUCGAUAAGUUCAACUUGAAGUACAACCCUAUUGGCGAGUCGAGGCUUCGAGAAAUAUUCCUAAAGACGGAUAAUUAUAUCAAAGGGCGAUACCUCGCUGAACUCACACAGGAACUUAUCACUGAUCUGGAGCAAAGUAAAUACCAAAACUGUGAAUGGCGCAUUAGUAUAUAUGGACGCUCUCGCAAUGAGUGGGACAACCUCGCCAAAUGGGUCGUCAAUAACAAGGUCUACUCACAUAAUGUUCGCUGGCUAAUCCAGGUCCCCCGACUGUACGAUGUGUACAAGGCCAAUGGCUCGGUUAAUACGUUCGAAGACAUCGUCAGAAAUGUCUUCGAGCCCUUGUUUGAGGUCACCAAAGAUCCUUCCUCACAUCGCGAAUUGCAUGUGCUGCUGCAACGUGUCAUUGGCUUUGACACCGUCGAUGACGAAUCUAAAGCUGAACGACGUAUCUACAAAAAGUUUCCUUAUCCACGCCUAUGGAAUACGGAGCAAUCACCUCCCUACUCCUAUUGGGUGUACUACAUGUUCGCCAACAUAUCAAGUCUGAAUAACUGGAGAUACUCCAGAGGCUUCAACACAUUCGUAUUCAGACCACACUGUGGCGAAGCUGGAGAUACUGAUCAUUUAACAUCGGCCUUCCUUACUUCACAUUCUAUAUCUCACGGAAUCCUCCUUCGCAAAGUUCCUGCCUUGCAAUAUCUAUUCUACCUCAAGCAAAUCGGGCUGGCGAUGAGCCCGUUGAGCAACAACGCAUUGUUCCUCACCUACGAGCGGAACCCCCUCCCGGACUUCUUCAAGACUGGGCUGAAUGUCAGUUUAAGCACAGACGACCCCCUCCAAUUCCAUUUCACCAAGGAACCUCUGUUGGAAGAAUACAGUGUCGCCGCGCAUAUUUAUAAAUUCCCGCAGAGUUCCCUCGCGGAACUAGCCAGAAACUCAGUUGUCCAAAGUGGUUUCGAGAUGGAGGUGAAACGUCACUGGCUUGGUAACGACUGGUAUCUCCCAGGCGCUGCUGGCAAUGACACCAACAAAACGAACGUCCCAAACAGCCGUUUGGCUUACAGACACCAGACACUAAUGGAAGAGCUAGAGCUCAUUGGAGCCAUCCAGCAAAAGGCCUAG